AUCCAUCGACAUCCCGGGUCCUGUGGGUGGAGGUUACUCGUUAACGGGUCCGCUUCGCUCUUUGGUUUUCAGCACCCCCUAGCAAGCAAGCAAGCAAGCAAGCAAACCCUAAUAACAUCGCCUUCCCCUCGCCCCCCAACCCCAAAGCCCCGAAUUAUUUCCGAUCUAAAUAAAAUCUUCUUGCAAGUCGAAGAAAGAAAGAAAGAAAGAGAAAAAAAGAAAAAAGUAAAAAAAAAAAAAGGAAAAGGAAGAAGAAAAUGCGGCCGCUGGACGAGAAGGAGACGGCGCAGGUGUUCGGGAAGCUGUUCAAGUUCACGGGGCCGAACCUGAAGCUUCUGGUGGAGCGGCCGGACCCUUGCUCUCCCGACCCGUCGGCGCGGUGCUGCUUCCGGCUGCACAAGAACCGCGUGUACUACGCCGGCGAGUCGCUGGUCCGGCGCGCGACGAGCGUGGCCCGGCCCCGGCUGGCGUCGCUGGACCCCGUCUCCAAGUCCAUGCUCGCCCGCGUCACCGAGAACACCAGCGCCGGCGACGGCGUCGUCGUCCUCUCCAUCUCCGACCUCCCCCUCGGCUUCGGCGUCGCCCUCCCCUCCCCUCCCCAGUAAGCAAAAUUUAUUUAUUAACAACUAAUCUCGUUAACAAUGAAAUGCCUACCGACACUCGAACUCGAACUCAGGAUCACCUGCUCUGACUCUGACUCUGAUGAUGCUCUGAUACUGACACGAAGGAAAUCAAUAUAAAUGAUCGCGCUAAUUGUUGAAUACUGCAGAACAAUCCACACCCUCAUGUUUUGACUUUAAGACUUUUUGAUAGACCCGAGAGGGGGAUUUGAAUUAAACAUAAGGAAAUUAGAUGAGACUAGGAGCGCGGUUGGAUUAUUCGAAUUCAAACAACCGGUCGUUCUUCGGAAAGUUUGAGCACCGGAAAAUGGUGUUUUUAUAUUUUUAUACUCGACGGAUUUGAUUCUUGAUUCUUGUUUUGCAUGGGUUGUUUCCUGAGGUAGAUAGUAAGGGCUUGUUUGGUUCGUCUGUUUUAGACUCUGGAAUCGGAAUGAGAUUCACUGAUUCCUAUAUGACUCGUAUUCCGAUUCUCGUUCCACUCCGGAAAAGGGAAUGAUCGAAUUAUUUGUGGUCCGAUUCGAUUUUGAAUCCUGAAUUAUUCUAUUCUAAGUAACUCACAAACACCUAACCCCUCCCUUCAUCGCUCUUCUCUCUCAACCAAAUCAUCUCUCAAAAUUCUAGGCAUUCGUUCCGAGUUUUCAUUCCAAUAACGAAUCAAAUAUUUUUAGGUAAUUCAUCAUUCUAUUUUCCAUUCCGAUGCAAUCCAAUUUCAUUUCUCGUUCCUAUUCAGAUCAUGAACCAAACAUGCUCUAGGAGUAAUUUAAGUACCAUGAGCGCUACACACAUUGUAUUUCCUUUUCUUUUCAUUAAGGACCAAUAUGGGGGCAUCGCUUAUAGAUACUUGUAGUGAAGAUAUAGUGGAGUUGAUUCACGAAAAGGAAUAAUUAGUCGGCGUUUGCAUCAUCGUUCUAUUGAAUUCGCUGUUUUUAAGCUUUCCAGUUCAUCACUCCAGAUUUCUCCCAACUUUGCAGACUGUUGCUGAGGAUUGUCUUGCUUUUGAACGCCGAAUGCAGAAAUUUGUAGUAAAUUAUGAAUGCCGUAGCCUCUCUAGGUAUCCGGAGGGCAUCUUAUAAAAGUGUUUGAGAUUGCUUUUGCGUGCAGUAGAUGUGGCACAUGGUAGCGAUAUUUUGCGGCUUAACUUAUUCUUCGGUCUUUGCCUUUUGAAUUCGUAUUGUGUAGUCUUUUUUCUAAUUUCUCACUCUGACACAACAUUUAUUUGGAGACGAUGAUGGAAUAGUUUAGUUGGUGUUGCUUCUUGGUGGGUCGAAUGAAAACUUGAAUGUCUGUAGCCUCGAACAAGAUUCAAAUGUGGAAAAACUUUAUCGUUCCCUCUGUAAAGUCGGAUGCACUUGCUCUUUACUACUGCAGCCUAAAAUUUGACUUGUAUUUAUUUUGUCGCUUUUGUUGUUUCCUUUAAUAUGGAGGUUGACUUCUGUAAGGGUUUAAUUAAUGUUUAGAUUGUCCUUUUGAUUUAUUUGAGUCAACCUUGAAGUUCAAAAUGGGGUUCAGCUUUAUACUUAUAUUGUUCUAGAAUAGUUUUUCUAGCAUUUUCUUCUAAAAUAUUUAUUUGUUUCAAAGGCAUAGAGAAAAUAAAUUUAAAAUUAGUAGUGCAAAAGGGAUUAAUCAUACAUGAAGCCAACAUUUAUAUGUUCUUAUAAUGGAUCAUUCGGGUUAAAGUUGCUUCAGAUAACCAGCCUUGUUCAUGCUGGGUACCACUCAUUCACAUAAAGAAUGAGUAGGGGGAGGAAGCUUAAAUGGUUUUACUAAGCGCUGCGAUGAGUAAGGAGAGAAAAAUGAGGUGAAAAUAGGAAAAGGAUAGUAUAAAUCUAACAGAGUAAUGUGUAAGAAAACACAAGAAAUGAAUAAGUAUUCAUGCAAUCCAACAGGUCCUAAACAAGUCAAUCAAAAUUUUUUCCCCUCUCUAUUUCUCCGUUGUUUCUUUUUGAGUUACUUAAACAACCAUUCGAACCUGGAUGGCGAGAUUCUCAAUCUUUUGCUUUCAUGCUUGCAGAUAUCACCAGGAAAGGAAGAGAAGUUUCGGUUACGCUGCUCUCGUGGCUUUGCGUGAGGCAAUCUUGUUGCUACAAGAAGUUAAUUAUGUUUCAAUGCUGCGAGUAUCGUUCUUCGAGUUUUCGUUUUAGCCUUCUUGCACCGAAAGUUAAAUGUUCUAUUAGCUCAUAUUUUCAGCUUUUAGGUUCCUAUAAGAACUGUGAUGUUGUCCGCGGAACCGUGGAUUUUUGUGUACUACUAUAUAAAAAACACAGAAUUAUGUAAGACAAUUCAUUUGGGUAAUUCUCUGCUAUAGCUGCUUAAAGUUGUUUACCAGCCAAUUUUUGCAA